CCGCGCCCCUUUCUGGUGGGGUCAAAGCGCCAGGCGAGAUGAUCAGCGUCGGAUGCGGCUGAGACGUCCGAGGCAGUCCAGUGAACCGCUUGGCCGUCGGAGAACAAACAACAGCCGAUGAACCUUUGGAAGCCGGCCGCUCGCAAGUCAAAAAAAGUCAGCAGCGGCGCGAGCGAAGAGGCCGCGUGGGCGGGGCUGCCGGACGUGGUGGCUGACCUCUCGUUGGCCACGCCCCCCGCCCCCCCAGCGCCGACCACCAUGCUGGGCGCCCGCGACCAUCACUACGUCGACAUGGGCGAAGCUCGCGCCCGGCGUCGGGACGCCCGCCCCCCUCCACCGCCCGUGACGCCGCAGGGCCUGGGCGCCGCGCCCGCGAUGGGAGCGGGCACGAACGGCGGCGGCGGGUGGCGGCACACGCCCUCGCACCCCUGGCCGUCGCCCCCGCCCGUAGAGCCCACUGGGGCCGGCAUGGGCGGCUCCGGUAUGGGCGUGUGUGGUGGCUCGUCGGGCGUGUCUGACGCCGAGGGCGCGCGCGUCAGGAGCAUUUCGAGCGACGGCCGCGGCCCGCCCGGCGCCGCAGGCGACCGCCGCGUCCGCUGCUCGUCCGCCACGCGCUCGCGCCAGCACCGCCCACGGCCCCCGCCCGCCGACCGCCCUCCCGGCGGUGCCAGCGUGCCUUCGCCUGCGUCCCUUCCUCCUGCGGGCGGCGGCCACGGCGGCCAGCAGUCGUAUGGUUCCAGCGUCGCCUCCGCCCAGCCCGGAGCCGGCGUGGGCGCGGUGGGCGGCGUGCUGGCCCGCCUCGCCGGUUGCCACGAGGGCCUGGAGGGGCGCGAGCCGGAGGGCGGCGCCUACGGGUACCAGGUGCGCGACCUCGAGGCUCUCCUGACGCGGGCGUCGCCGGCGCGCCCCGCCAACCUGCCCAUGGUCCUGGCGUCGGCGACGCGCCUGCACAACAUGCGGCGCACGGCCGAGCCGCGCCCGCACAACCAGCCGCCCGUGCGCCCCUUCCUGCCGCUCGGCAUCAUCGUCAACGCCGUGUUCAAGACGCGAGACUGGCUGUACGUGCGGACGGCGCACGGCGCGGAGGGCUACGUGCCGUACCGGGUGUGUUUGCCGCUGGGCAUUCUGCCGCCCCCUCGCGAAGGCGGCGCGGCGCCAUCGGGGACGGCUGACGUGCCCGGCGUGGGCGUGUGGGAGAACCGGACGGACAUGUUUCAGGGUGCGAUGAGCCAGUUCUCGGCGGCGCCCGCAGUGGCCAGUGGCGCGAUGGGCGGUGUGAACGCGGAGGGCGGCGGCGGGCAAACACGCGGGCGGUCCCGCGGCCGCCGACGCGCGCCCUGCGUGGAUUCGUCGAACCAGACGGACACCCAGAAGCUACAGCCGGGCGCCCGCAGCGCGUCCGAGUCACGGGCGCCACGCGAGACGCUCGACUCGCCGCCCGCCGCCGACCACGUGCUCGUGUAGAGGCUCGGGGGCAGGGCGGCGCCCACCGUGACGCUCCGUCGGCGAGAGAUGGGCUUUCUCUGGGUCAGUAACGAAGGUCGCUGAAGGCUGUGUGUGUGCGUGUUUUUGCCUCAUGACGUGCUUCCUCCUCCUCGUGGCCCUCUCUCUCUCGCUCUCGCCCUUGAAAGGCCUUGUGCUUGUGUCGCUUCAUAUUUAAGAGAUGUUGCGUAUAUGUGUGCAAAUGUGUGUGUGU